AUGGAGUUGAUCCACAAAUACUCGCCUUCGACACUUCCCAAUAUAGAUCGUGGGAUGACAGAUGAUGACUUUGACAAAGUUCAAGCGCAUUAUUUAGCCGCUCCUAUGGCUGUUUCAAGGUAUGCAUUUCACAAGAACAGCGAGAGGUGCACUUUCCCAUAUAAAUGGAUGACCUGUUUCGCCAAAAAAAUAGCCGAAUGCGGAUAUCCAACUUUCAUAUAUGACAAGGUGAAGAAAUUACUUGAACCGGUGAUUGCAUAUGAGGAAAAGGCAUCUAGGAUUUCUGAACGAUGUAAAAAAUGGCCCCACUGCCCAGAAGUGACAUGUGAUUACGUCCAUCCCAACAAUCCAUGCCAAGAUGGGGAUGCUUGCCAAAAUAGAGAUACGUGCCUAUUUCUUCAUGGUGAAGACUAUCUCCACAUGUAUGCAUUUCACAAGAACAGCGAGAGGUGCACUUUCCCAUAUAAAUGGAUGACCUGUUUUGCCAAAAAAAUAGCCGAAUGCGGAUAUCCAACUUUCAUAUAUGACAAGGUGAAGAAAUUACUUGAACCGGUGAUUGCAUAUGAGGAAAAGGCAUCUAGGAUUUCUGAACGAUGUAAAAAAUGGCCCCACUGCCCAGAAGUGACAUGUGAUUACGUCCAUCCCAACAAUCCAUGCCAACAUGGGGAUGCUUGCCAAAAUAGAGAUACGUGCCUAUUUCUUCAUGGUGAAGACUAUCUCCACAUGUACGUUGUCGCGAGACCAGGUUGUGAAAAUCCCGACAGAGACUAA